CGUCGCCGUGAAAUCCGUUCGAAUCGAGACCUGCGCGUGCGCCGUACUCUUGCGGUUAUUACUGUAUUAAGUGUUGUUUGUUUUCGCCGGCGGCGGCGGCGGCGGCGGGUACGCGUGGCAAUAUCGCGAUCUCGACGGAGCGGUCCGGUCGUCGUUUCGCCGUACCUUACACGAGGAGAUUUAAGUGCGUCGGGCGCACGGGCAAAAGAUUAAAACCGUAAAAAAGGCUGGACACCGUCCGCGUACAGGUGGCGCCGCGAACCGUCUCGUGCACCGGUCUACGGCGACGAUCGGUUAUCGUCGCGUCGAUUGCGCGCGUGGCGUGGCGAUAACGCGCGCCCGAGUGAUAGCGGUGUUCCGGGGCCCGGCGGAAGACGGACGCACGAAGCCACCGCCCGGCAGCAACGGAUGAUAAAAAUAAUCUAUUGGUCGCCAAAAAAAAAAAAAAAACCGUUUGAUUACGGUCGGACAGCGAUGAUAAUCCUUAAAGGAUCGCGGUCAUUAUGAUCUCGGCGAUGACGACGACGACGCCGGAGCAGUCAACGUCGUCGUAGCAACACGCACGCACGCACGCACGCACGCGCUUACGCACUACGACUACGUAUAGGUAGUGUUUAGAGGUACGCGCCGCGUUCACAUCCUUCGCGCGGAUUCGCUCGACAUGACGUGCCGCCACGGACGCCACUGUUGCUGCCGCCGUCACCGCCACUGCUGUCGGUCUCCUUGAUGAAAAACGCGAUCGGCCGCAGCGUUGUACAGCCGCCGACGACGACGACAAAUGGAGGCUGUGGUCCAAUUCGAUUACGCGGCUCGGGAACCCGACGAGUUGACGCUGAAGAAAGGAGACGUCAUCACUGAUGUCAAACCGAUGCUCGAUGGAUGGAUGGAAGGGUACAAAGACGGCAAGAAAGGAAUGUUCCCCGACAACUAUGUUAAGAUAGUACAUACGUCUACCAAUGUUGUUCUAAGAAGAAAAAAUGCUAGAAAAUGUAAAGUGUUGUUCAGUUACAAACCGGCAAACAGAGAUGAGUUGGAGUUGAAUAUUGAUGAUGUCAUUGAAGUACUUGGUGAAGUCGAAGAAGGUUGGUGGAAAGGAGAGCUUAGGAAUGAAAUCGGAGUAUUUCCAUCUAAUUAUGUCACUGAAAUUUCGGAUACUAAAAGUAUCAGUAGAAGUGAUUCCAAAACUUCCACUGGAUCUCUUAAAAAAGAAGAUACCACUAAAAAAGAAAAAUUGAUUGUGGAACCAGUAAAAACUCUAGAUAAUACAGAACCUAAUGCUCCAGUACUGCCUCCAAAACCAGCAAAAGAUGUUUGUGUUGCACUGUUCCCAUAUGAAGCUGUCAAUAGUGAUGAAUUAACAUUAGUCGAGGGUGAUAUAAUAACAAUUUUAUCUCGAGAAGUAGAUGAUAAAGGUUGGUGGAGAGGAGAACUUAAAGGAAAAAUUGGUGUAUUUCCUGACAAUUUUGUUCAAGUAAUGAAUCAAGACGAGUUGGCAAAUAAAACUGAAAAAUGUGCGAGUAGUCCACGUAGCAGCACAACGGCUUCUCUUCGAAAAGUUUUUCAGAACCAAACGGAAAAUAAAUCUCUGGGACCAAUUGUGAGCAAAAAACCAGCUCUGCCACCACCACCACCCACAACUAAAAAACCACCAACAGCUAAAAGUUCUUCUACAUCUUCCAUAGGAAAAACCAUUAGUGGUAUUAAAUCAAUGUUAAGUUCGGAACAAAAUUCUGCAGACAAGAUUAAACAUAUAACAUCUGAAGGCAGUGAAUCUAAAAAUUAUGGUUCUAUAGCUGUAAAACGUUCAGAAUCCGUGGGCUCCAUGAAGAAAACAUCAGAUUCACCAGAUGGAUCAUGUAUGAGUAGAUCAACUUAUCAUGUAUCACCAUCAUCUUUUCCAGAAUCAUCUCCAUCUUCAUUAGUAUUUACAAAUCACGAUAAUCAUACACCUGAACCCAAGAGUCCUGAUUUCGAUCAAAUAGAAAGAUCUGCUAUGCUAAGUCAUCCAACCGCAUCUCGUGCUAAGGCGCCUAGAAGAAGACCACCAUCUGCAGCGUUCAAUGUGGUCAGUGAAAGUGAUCCUGCUUUGGAACAUCCACCAACAAAUGGAAUACCAGGUGUGGAAAAAGAAAAAGCCCCGUGGGUUCUAGAGUUGAAAAUGAAUCAAGCUAAGAAGUCUUCAACUGCUAAUUCAGUUACUGGAGGAGGUAGAACAAGAGUAAUGAUUAGCCCGUCUACAACUACCAUUACAUCAGAAAGUUCAGAAACCACUACUGUUACAUCUCGGUCUGGAUUGACUUCAGUAGGUGUUGGUGGUGUGGUUUUUAAGCCUGCUGGUUAUGUACCUCCACUUACUACACCUGAACCGGUUACAGUCAGUACACCAACCAGUCCUGUUGCUCCUGUAUCUGCUGAUUUUAGUCCGUCCACACCAUCUGUGGAGAGAAGUUUGAUUGCUGUACUAAAUGAAAAGGUGAAACAAUUGGAGUCUACUGUCCAAUCACAAAAUAGUUUACUUGAUAAAUUGUCAACUAAAUUAGAUAUAGAGACAGAAAAACGAAUAGAGAUGGAAAAAGAAAUAAAAAAAAUCAUGGAACUUGUAACAAGAGUAUGAGGUGGAUAAAAGUAUUUCCAUAAAAAUUAAUUAAAAAUAUUCAUUCAAUUUUCAUAUAUUACAUACAUUCAAUCAACUAGUGGUAAUACUAAUUCAUUCCAAAAAUAUAGACCAAAACAAUCCCAUU